AUGCCUGCUAAGCCCAACGGUAAGCAUGCCGGUGCCCCCGUUGCUACCCCAAAGCCCCAGAACGGCCACAAGCACCUGACGUUGGAGGACCGCCGUGGAGUAUAUGAAAUGCUCCUAAGCGCGUCCGUGGGUGAUAUGCUCCCUCGUGGAGUGAUAACCAAGGCCGCACAACAGUUUGGAUGCCACGUACGGACGAUCUCUCGCCUCUGGCAACGUGCACGACUCUCGCUUCGCGGCGGUGGCCACACCGCCGAUGGAAUACUGGCCGAAAACCUAAGCGAACGGCUCAAUAAAUUGAAAGCGACAUACGUGCAGUACCCCCACAUGUCGCGACAGACACUUCGGUCGCUCUCUGCUGCGAGUGGAAUACCCAUGACGACGAUCUUCCAACACAAGAAGGCCACACCAAGGUUCAAGUUAAAGUCAAGCUAUGCCCUUCCUCACGCAAGGCAACAUCGAAGCUCGUUUGAGGUCAAGCGAAGGUACUAUGUAUAUGAUGACGAGGAAGUGGGCGCAAGAUCGGUGAAGUCAAAGCAUUUCAUCACGAAGGUGAUGUUUUUGGCUGCUGUCGCCCGCCCCCGUUACGACCAUCAUGCCAAGAAGAUUUGGGACGGCAAAGUUGGCGUGUGGCCGUUAGUCCAAGUGUCUCCAGCCGCAUGA